CCGCUGCGCUAAGCUGAGCUGCACGUACAAUUCCGGUGUUGCAUGCUGGGUAGUUAAAAUCAGGAAAAGAGUAUUCCAUCCUCCAGGAACUGUUGUAACAACAUCAUCAAUAAUGGGUUUCAAGUUCGGUAACCUGGCCAAGUUCAGCGGAGUGAUCACAUACACCCUUUCUCCACAUGAGCAGAAGGCAUUCGCUGGAGCCUUCAGCAGAGGCUUGCCCAAUAUCUUCAGGAGAUUUAGGUCAAAGGUCUUCAUCGUCACACCAUCAUUUGUAGUGGCCUACUUGAUCUACUCCUGGGGAAACGCAGAAAAUGCCAGGUCAAAACGAAAGAACCUCGCAGACUUCGCCGACGAUUCAUAGAGUCUACCACUUCAAUAUUUAACACCCUACAGGACCCUUAUAAGCUGUCUCAUGAUGUUUUCACCUUAUGAUCAUUUACAACUUGAAGCGGUUUCCUGAUCUGCAUCGAUGUUCAUCUAUCUUGAUGUUGAUGAUCAGCGUUCCCCUUUUUCAUCAUGAGAGAAGCUAUAAGGACUAUUGAAAAAUUAUAUAUCAUUGAAAUGUGUUAUCACUGUAAAUAAUAGUGACCUAAAUUAGAACAUCACCAAUUUGAGAAGCAAUAUUUUAGUAACAUCUAUUGGGAAGACUAAAUUAUGCAUGGAUUUUUUUUUUGUUCAAGCAUAAAUAUGGUAUAAAAUUCACAAUACACUGUAUUUGGUGUCUCUGACUUUUCAUUGUCGUCUGCGAUUUUAUUUUGGCGGCCAUGAUGAUGAUCCGAAUGUAUGAUUCACUACAGUCAUUGAACAGUGCUUCAGGCAAAAAUCAGAUUUGCUCUCAAAUGAUCACUUUGGUUAUAUCAUGAAAUUUGAUAUAUUGCUGAUUGAUGUCUGGAUACAUUAAAGGGAUGUGAGUCAUGUGACUAUAUGAAUGACAAAUUGUGCACGUGUUCAUGUUUGUAUUUUGCCACAAAUAAGUUUGCAAGAUAUAUGCAGUUGUUUGUAAAUUAUUCUGAGACAUAUUAAAUGUUUGUUCACAUUUGAAAACUAAUAUAA